AAUAUGGCGACUCCCGAGCAAGUUUACAUUCACUACUCAACCAACAUAUAACAUACAUAUUUGCAAUGAGUCAACCAUCGGUAGCAAUCAUUGGUGGGGGUGUGGCAGGACUGGUUUGUGCCAACAGGCUUCAACAGCUGGGAAUCAGUCAGUCUACUGUUUUUGAUACAGGAAAACAUGGACCUGGGGGAAGAUGUUCGAGUCGAGUGGUCAACAUAGGAGGAAAGUUGCAUGUGUUUGACCACUCUGCUCAGUAUUUCACUGUCAGCGAUUCUAGAUUUGCCAAAAUUGUUUCAUACUUACACAGAAAGGGUGCUGUGAAACAAUGGAAGGGCAAAAUAGGAAAGUUGUCAAAAGGCUCUUUUGAAGAAGAUAAGAACCUUUCACAAGCCUUUGUUGGAAGGACAGGGAUGCAUGAUAUUCCCAGAAGUUUGGCAGAAAACAUAAACGUACGUGUCAAUACAUGGGUUGGAAAUGUUUCGUGGGAAGAUUCAAUUAAGAAGUGGAAGGUGGACAAGUAUGGAAUGUUUGACUAUCUGGUAAUUGCUCAUAAUGGUAAAUGUGCAGACAGGCUAAUGGCUAGUGCAGGCACGCCACAAAUACACACAUUGACACAGGUGCGAUUUUCUGAUCGGCUCAAUGUUAGAGACAAGCGUAUGCAUCUGUGUUCCAUUUGGGCCCUGCUUGUCAGCUUUCCUAGAUCUCUUGAAUUGAAAUAUGAAGGCGCUCAUGUUGAAGACGAGGAUAUUUCGUGGCUCGCCAAUAAUACAGCCAAACUAAGUGUUAGCGAUUUGGCAACUGGCUCCCAAGUCGAAUGCUGGACCGUUUUCAGCACUAGACAAUUUGGGACUAGGCAUAAAUGUUCACAGGAGAACAUUCCCCCGAACGUGGAAAGGGAGGUGACUGAGAAGCUGUUGGCUGGCGUACAGAGGGUCACAGGGGUCGCCCAGCUGCCACCCCCAGCCUACACCAGGGUACAGUUGUGGGGGGCGGCACUCCCUCUCAAUGUGCUCAAGACUCGGGAGGAGUGUGUGUUUGAUGGUCUCCACAACGUAGGUAUCUGUGGUGACUGGCUCACCUCCCCUUGUGUGCAGGGAGCCGCAGUCAGUGGGCUAGCUCUGGCUGAGAAAAUACAUCUACAUCACGUGGGUACCAACAAAAGCAGUACAUCUUUAGUGCCUGAGUUUCAAGCGGCUGACGGGGAAGUGAUAGGGGCAUUUCCAGUUGACAGCUCUAUUCAGUUUCAGCCUCAGAGCCUCUAAUUUGUUGUACGUUUUAUAGUUGUACAAUUCAAUAUGUAUGUGUUCACUAUUACUGCAUGGAAAAAUAUAUCAAAGUAUAUUGUGCAAAUAAUAUAUGUGUAGAAUUUAUUUAUUUUUGAUGCACAUGAAAAAUAUUUGUAUAAGAAUUGAAAUGUUGGAUAAAUAUGCAUGACUUAGAGAUCAGAUGAAUGAUAAAUGAUUAAUGAAUAAAGUUUCUUAAAAAUGUCA